AUGAACACUGUCAAAGCUAUUAAAAAUGCAAUAGUGUGUCUUGUUUUGCUUCCUCGCUUUCUCGUGGCGGCCGUGCUGUUUUGGCUGCUGGACUUUCUGUGCAUCAGAAAAAGGGUGUUUUUCAGGAUGAGGCCACACGAAGAGGGAGAUGCCAUAGACCCCCCGCUGUGCAUCUCCGACUCCAACCGAUUGUGCACCCUGGAGUCCCUUAAGGCGGUGUGGCACGGGCACAAGCUGGACUUUUUAAAAGCUGCGCGUCUCGGAUGCGGAGCGCCCAACACCGAGGUGGUGCAGCUGCGCGACCAGAAGCGCAGCCGCGUUCUCGAUUACGCGCAGGGCGACCGGCCGCUCAUCCUUAACUUCGGCAGCUGCACCUGACCGCCGUUUAUGGCGCGCCUCAAGGCGUUCCACGGCCUCGUACAGCAACACGAGGACGUAGCGGACUACUUGGUGGUGUAUAUCGAAGAAGCGCACCCCUCGGACGGGUGGGUGAGCUCCGACGCGCCAUACCAGAUCCCCAAGCACCGCUGUCUUGAGGACCGGCUGAGCGCAGCACAGCUGAUGCGCCUGGAGGUCCCCGGGUGCGCGGUGGUGGUGGACAACAUGGAGAACGCGACCAACGCCGCGUACGGAGCAUAUUUUGACAGACUUUACAUACUUCACGAUGGUAAAAUAGUGUACCAGGGCGGUAGGGGUCCGGAGGGUUACCGGAUCUCUGAGCUAAGAGACUGGCUUAAUCACUACAGACAAACACUGCUGCUUGAAAAGCCUAAGGUCGUUAUGGAUGUUUAGAACUGUUAUAGAAAUGUGAAUAAUAGGCCUACUUAUUUCAAAUCUAACUGAAUUUUUCUCUCACCAUCCUAUGUUGUAGCCUUUAUUUAUGUUGUAUGUUCACGUCACAAUUGUGACGGUGUUUUGUUUUCAUUCCAUCUCAGUCUUUUAAAAGUCACCUGUUUGCUAAAAAGUAAUAUUUUGUAAGCCAGUGUCUUGGAUUUUUUUGCAAAAUGUUGUGACAUUCAAUAAUGUGGACGUUAUUUAUCUACCUUGGAAUGAGUAUAAUGAAUAAAUAGCUAAGAAUAACACAUUUUUAGCAAUCAUCAUUGCCUCCAGUAUAGUUGUGAAGUGCGGUUUUUAAACGGAUUUAAACCACAGAACCGAUACUGAUGUUAUCAUACUGGAGGUGAUGGUAAACACUUAUUUUACCCUAGGAAAUAUACAGUGUUGAGUGGCAAGUACAUGUUACAGUUUAUUUUUCUU